CCAUCCCUACUCCAGCGAUGUGUCGAUGGGAUACGAUUGGCUACGAGGAUCGUGCAGUCGAAGAAGUUUACGAAGAUCUUGAAGUGUGAUUGGGAGGCCAGGGAGAGGAUUCUGAAUGCUAGUGUUCAUGCCAAUGUUAACUUGGUUCCCAAGCAUCCCAACGACACCAAGUCGAUCGAGCAGUUCUGUAGGGAUACCGUGAUCACGAUCUGGCAUUACCACGGUGGGUGUCAUGUGGGGAAGGUUGUGAACUCGGAGUACAAGGUUAUCAGGGUGCGUAGGAUGAGGAUUGUGGACGGGUCGGUUUUCGACGAGUCGCCUGGGACUAAUCCCCAAGCUACUGUCAUGAUGAUGGGAAGGUAUGAGAUCAAAUUUGCUCUUCGCAUCGUAGUUUUCUGCAUGUGUGUACCUCGACUGAAUCGAUGUUUUAUGGGGGUUUGUCUUGCAGGUACAUUGGGCUGA